AUGUUCUCCGGAGACCAAGAAGGCCCCAAAGAGCUCUCGACACGUGUAAACUCUGCACGUCUCCCACAAUUUACCGGACAAUCAGUCCGUUUAGCCUGCAAAGUCCUCACACUUGAUGCCGACCGCAUGAUAGUCGAAGCUAGUGACGGAGGGCAGGUUAAUGUGGUGCAGAUUCCACCCAACACAAACAUCUCAGAUCCAUAUGUCGAGGUUAUUGGAAAGGCCUCCAAUGCUACAACGAUACAGAUGUACGCGUGUGUAAAUCUAGGGCAGGAUUUGGAUAUGAAACUUGUCAAUGAUACGAUUGAACUGAUACACGAUCAUCGCUUCUAUCAAAAAAUGUUCUGUUAA